GAUGACCCUUGGGGCAGUUGUAGCUUUAAACGAACAUAUAUGUAGACAAGGAAAAACCAAAGAAUUAUCUUUCAGCAAUCACCGCCUUCUUCAUAGUUGUAGUAGCAUUCUUGCCAGUCUGAUAUGACUUUUGCGCCUUUUACGGCUAACAGUGAAUCACGUGGUGCCAAGCGAAGCCUCCGACCGGCGUGGAAACUGCGGCAUCCGACUUCGACCUUUGCAACUCAACCUAGCCUCUGAGGGACAUCAAUCACCAUCUUCCUCUGUCUCCCAAUUGCACAAUGAGCUCUCUUCGGUUCUCCCGGGCUGCUCUCAGAGCUCGCCCUGCCGCUUUCCGCGUCCCUAUCCAGCGCCGUGGUUAUGCUGAAGCUGUGAACGACAAGAUCAAGCUCUCCCUGGCCCUUCCUCACCAGAGCAUCUACAAGUCGGCCGAUGUUGUUCAGGUUAACAUCCCCGCCGCGUCCGGAGAGAUGGGUGUUCUCGCCAACCACGUCCCCUCCAUCGAGCAGCUGAAGCCUGGCCUCGUUGAGGUCGUUGAGGAGAGCGGCAAGAGCAAGCAGUUCUUCCUGUCCGGAGGAUUCGCUGUCGUUCAGCCCGACUCCGAGCUGAGCAUCAACGCUGUUGAGGGUUACCCCCUGGAGGACUUCAGCGCUGACGCUGUCAGGGCCCAGAUCGCCGAGGCUCAGAAGAUUAUUGGCGGUGGUGGCAGUGAGCAGGACAUUGCCGAGGCUAAGAUUGAGCUGGAGGUCCUCGAGAGCCUGCAGGCCGUCCUGAAAUAGAUUACCCUGAUGUAAAUAUCCAUUCGCGCUGCCAGUUGCAAUCUUGAACGUGUAGAACUAUCACUAUACCUGAAAGAUCAUCCUCUGCAUAACGAUAACUUCAUUAAUAUUUCCUCCCACUGAAUGAUUAGUAUCGUCGAGCUCUCAUUGAUCGCACCUUCCUGCGAUCGGGACGCUGUCAUUAUGCGUGUCCCGCUUAGUCGUCAAUAUUGCGUCCCACGAUUAAAUGCUACUUACUUAGUACUCCAUAUCUGCCCCCUUCUGCCUUGUUUUUUCUAUGUUUGUUAA